AUGAAGAAACAAUUAAUUUUAGUUCUUGUUCUCGCCCUAUUAUUGAACUCUUUUAUCAUGCUCUCCAAUGCAGAUAGUUCUGAAGAUGAGACCUCUUCAUUCGAAGAGCCCUCUUCAGAAAGUUCAGAUGGAGAUUCAGAUUACGAAGAUUUCGAAGAUUUCGGAAAUUGUUAUAAAGAUUACAAAGAUAACUAUAUAGAUAAAGGUAGAGGUGGUAAUUUGAAUUUCAAUACAAAGUUUGAAAAUACCACUUGGCAAGCUAUGAGCGAUUCUUACAAUUGUAGUGAUAGUUUCAGUGAGAGUGUCGCUGGCAUUCAUCACGAUGAAACCAUUGAAAUCAACAGCCACAAUAAUAAUAAUAAUAAUAAUAAUGAUGAUAGAGAUGAUACAACCGAUAAAGAUGGAGCAAACACUCCACCUAUUGUUACAGAUAUGUUAUGUAUGGUUGUACCUGCUGCAACAGAGUUUGCUGAUGUAGGUAUGCUCAUGGAAGACAGUAGUCAACAGCUUUUGGAAGAAGAGAUAUUGGAAUUCAACGAAACGCCUACUCUAAAUGAUAUCAUCUCUGCCAAUGAAUUAUUACUAUCAACAUCAUCAUCAUCGGAUAUCAUAUCGUCAAACACCUCACAACACAAACAUCUACAUCUCAAUGAUAUCUGUCAUUGCGGAGACAUUGAUAGUUUCAUAGAGCUAAUGACAACGGAAAACCCUUUUAUCCUCUCUGGUUUCCGUGAAUACACAACAAGAUCAUUCAAACAAUGUACAAGAUCAAUCUUUAAAUUACAUAACGAUACAGGUAAUAUAUGGACACAUUUGAUACCAGCUUGUAUUUAUCUUUAUAUGGCACUCAAUGAGUUGGUCGUUGUACAGGGAAGAAAACAACUAAUGUUUACUAUGUCAACUUAUAAGAUGAAUCUAUUGGCCUACUUGUUCAGUUGUUUUCUAUGUUUCUUUGCUUCGUCAGUGUAUCAUACAUACCGGUCAUACUCACUGGCGAUCUACAAGAAGACAUUGAUGUUCGAUGUCUCAUCGAUUGGUCUUGUCAUCCUUACCAGUGUUAAUCUUAUCAUCUACAGUGAGCUGUACUGCUAUCCCAACGUUAGAACACUCUCACUCUGCUCUUUCUUCUUCUUGAUUGCAGCAGCACUUUCUCUACUACCAAAGAUAAUGCGAGAGAAACGAUUCUCUUUAAGAACAUUGAUAUUCUCAUUCCUUGCACUUCAAGGACUGCUGUCACAUCUAUUGCGAUUGUAUUUGGACAGUGUCAACCACCCAGAUUUCAAAUACUCUUUCAUUGAAGAUUCAAACUUCCAAUGGUUAAUCCUGGCCUAUCUACUAAUGUCAAUCGGUUUAUCCAUAAGACGUGUAAAAUUCCCAGAGUUAUUAUCACCAGGUAAAUUUGAUAUCUUUUAUUUGAAUGAUUAUAAUACUUAUGCAGGUGGCAAUGGAAGGGAAUGUUGUAUUCCAAGAAUAAAAGAAUAA